AUGCAAUCAUUAGUGAACGUUCUCAACAGCAAACCUUUUAGAUUGUGUGCUGCCGGCGGUAUGCUAAUUGUGUCGUCGGAAAUUGUUUAUGAGCUGUACAUGCGGUUCCAGAAAUGGCUAAAGCCCAAACCAAAACCAUGCGAGGUGUCCUUCAUCAACAGACGCAAACUGAUACAUCCAUUGUCGAGCCCGCAAACACUCAUUUUUGAGCAUAUUCAGCGCAUCAUCAGCUAUAUUGAUCGUGCGGAAAAAUCCAUCUCUCUGGCCAUGUACAUCUUUACCGUGCGGGAGAUCAGUGAAGCAGUCAUACGAGCGAAGAAACGUUCGGUUGUAGUGCGAGUUAUUACGUGUGAAUCAAUGAUUAUGAAUGAAGGUUCCUAUCUGCGAGAUCUGAUCGAUGAAGAUAUAAAGGUACAAUACCAAAUCAAAUCCGAGUACCUUAUGCAUCACAAGUAUUGUCUGCUUGAUACCGAAUGGUAUUGUGCCAAUUGUCUGAUUGCAUACCACAUCGCAGAGUAUGGAGAGCCAACCAAAUACAUGCAACAUACCUUGUUCGACAAAGCCGUCUUAAGCGAUAGGGCAGGCUUGUUUGAGCGAUUCGGUAGCUCUUGUUCACGGUGCAACCCGAAACUACGGGUGCAAAACCAGCAAACCACAAUGCGAAAAGGCUAUGAUCCACUGCCCAAGCAUGGAUUGCUAAUCGCAGGGUCCAGCAAUUGGACAUCACCCGGCUUGGUUAAGCACUGGGACAACAUAAUGUAUUGCUCCUUAACAGAUAUGAUCGACCCAUUUACGGCAGAGUUUCAAAGAAUGUGGUACGAAUUAAGUGAUCCCUUGGAUAAAACCUUGUUGAAAGAACCACUAUACAGCGACAGAAUCAUCUCAGCAGAACACAGGUUCGUUAAACACACGUGA